AUGGUGUGGGUUCAGCUCCCAGGCCUCCCAGUGGAAUUUUACAAUAGGGAAGCUGUGCUUAUUAUAGCUCAGAGUAUCGGGAAUCCAAUCCGUGUGGAUAGGGCAACGGAGUUAGGGGCGAGAACAAAGUUUGCCCGUGUCUGUGUGGAGGUGGACCUGACUCAGCCAUUGUUAGCAAAGUACAGCAUCGAAGGAAAGAAAUUCUUAAUACGCUACGAAGGCUUAGAAAACAUCUGUGAUCAGUGUGGGUCCUAUGGAAAACCACCAGCCCAAUGCCCAUGCCAAAAUCCGACCCCUGUGAGCCCUACUGGUGAGGUAGAAAUGGUGGAAGAAACGCAACUUGAGAAUGAUCCAUCGAAAGGCAAAGCUUAUGGGGAUUGGAUGACGGUUAAAAGGAAAGAUCGAAGGCCACAAGGUAGGGGAGGCCAGCGAGGGAACCAUGGAGAAGCAUCUAAGAACUAUAUACAAAAAGGAAACAGAUUUGCUACUCUUGGAGAAGAAGCCCACGUGGUGCAUGACCAUGCACACGUUGAACAAAUAAUAGAAGGGAAGGAAGGUACAUGUGGAAGAGUAGGGGAUACAGGAAUAAAAACCACAAAGCAAAGUGGUAGUGAAACAAACAAACAAAAUGAAGGAAAUAAGAAGAGCCAUGGAAUGAAUGACAACAGUGGGAAGAAGAGUAGCCUGACAACUGGCGGGGUUGACCGACCUCACCCCAAGGGCAGAACCCGGGAUAACACAACGGUGGAGGAGGGGGAGGGGAAUCGGUUAACAAAAGAUACCGGACAAGGGAGCGGAGGUACAUCCACCAUGGCAGCAACGCAUAUACCUACUUCUUCGGGUGCCCAGAUUGAUAAGAAUACAAGCAUGAAAGCCACGACAGUAAUGCAGGGUGUGAAUAAGAAUGGUGCGGGGAACCGAUCCCCUUCAGGUAAUAAAUGA